AUGCCAUGUGUGCGUUGUCGCGAUGGUGGCGCGGUGUGCACGUAUAAGCGGUUGGACGGCGUAUCUGCAGGUGCUACUGCAUCUGUCGGAAGCAGCCAAGAUGGUACUGAGACCAGUACCGACCGACAGCGCGUGGGCAUCUCCAUUGACUUCCUCCUCAACUUCACGAAUCCCUCGGGUUACCGCCCGUCCGCUGCGAUCGCCGCUGAGGCUGCUGAGCUCGAUGGUGCAGAUGGCGAGACGCACGUACAGCCACACGAUGCAGAUCAAGACAUGACGCACGACCAAUCGUUUUUUGAGUUCGCAGAUUUACCUUCUGUCUUCUUCAGCUUUCCGUUCGUGGUAUCUGGACGAGAAGUCGACUACGCGUCUCCGAUCAUAAGCGAUGGUCUGACUCCUGAACUGGAAGAUGCGUACGCUUUCGAAGUACGCGUGAGGGAGAUGCUACAGCAGCUGUCUGCCAAGCACAGCUCGAUGCUGGAACGUGGUGAUGCAGUUGAUGCAACAUUCGACUAUCAACUGGCCGAAGCCGUCUUUACAGUCGGCAAUGUGCGGCACUUUGUUCGGGCUUUCUUCCGUUACUUCCACUACUCGUUUCCUAUUCUGCACAAGCCGACUUUUGAUAUACAGACGGUGUCCUUCCCGCUUCUACUCGCGCUCGUUUUGUUCGGGUCGCUGCCCACUCUGGAGUCUGAUACCUCCAUCGGCGUACGAAGGUUCUCACACGUUGCGGAGGCAUACGUUUUCGAUCAACUGGUGUUACAGCAGACAUCCCAAGCUGAUCACUCGGCGUGGGUCGACGAUGAGCAUCUCCAGUUGUUACAAGCAGGUCUAUUGUUCUUGGUUUUUCUAAACAACAGUAACGACAUCGUCACAAGACGGCGAAUCCGCCUCCAGCGCAUUCCAUCGCUUGUCGCUGCUGUGCGAGCCUCAGGCUUGUUUGCGCACAAACAGCGUCACAUUAUCCCCAGUCAGAACGGACACGACUGGCAGGCACUGCUAUCUAUCGUCAUGACAUCUAGAAUGAACUUCCUCGCUUCUAUGAACAUAGAGCCGAUGCUUCGCGCCACCGACCGAUGGAAGGCGCUCUGGGAUGUAGUAAGCCGAGAUAGCGAAGGAAAGGGCUUGCCUGAUCUGGGGUUCGAGAAGCACGCUGCGGAGUACUGGUGGCUUACCAAGACCAUUCUGAGGGUCUCGAGGUUGGGAGGUAGGAGUUGUCGUUACAUGCAACCUGCACCUUGUGACUCGACGCAGGACUUGCAUGAUUUUGUGAGGAGGUAUAAGGAUUUUGUUGUAUAA